AUGAGGCUGUGCCAGGAAUUGUUCGAACUCUAUGGCUCGAAGAAGCGAAUGGAUUGUCGGCCUGGGGGCGGCUCGUGUGAGGCCGAACCUCAGGCCUCAGUAUUAUGUGGUGCAAAAUGUUUCUGCGAAGAUGCUAAGUGGGCGAAUCCGCUUAUAGACUGCUCUAACGAGUCGCUGUUUGAAGUCACAGGAUACCCUUUGACUGGUGAUAUUCCUCUGUUGAACCGAAAGAUUUUUAGAGGAACUCGCGUGAAUAUAAGAGAGCAUCCUUACAUUGUGAGCAUACGAAGAAACAGCGGCCAUUAUUUGACUGGUACUCUGAUCACAAAGAACUUAGUUUUGACGGUGGCGCAUCCCAUCAUACAUGUACCUAUCCAGGAGCUGCGAGUGGUUGCAGGCGAAAGCUACUGUGACCGCGGCACUUCGCUGCUGACAGUUCUAAUCAUAUUAAUUAAUGAAAACUUUGAUCCUUUUACCCUAGUCGCAGAUAUCGCAAUGCUAAGAUUCUACGAAGACAUAGUUUUCAGAUCUUCUGUUAAAAGUAUUUCGCUGGUCAUGCCACAAAUGACAUUGUCGGGUACAGCCUUUGUUACCGGUUGGGGGCGGUGCGAUUUAACGGGAAAUGAGCUGUGCCUGCCUCGAGCAUCUCAAUACUACCCCGAUGAAAUAAUAGACCCGAUGUUAAGAAGUAUUUCGCUGACUAUCACACCAGAAAACUAUUAUUGCGAAGGAUACAAACGGCAUGAAACAAAUAUAGGAGUUGGAAUGAAAUGUGUCGGAGUGGCACGUGAAGAGAUCUCAGUGUGCCCGUGCCUCGGAGUACCUGGCGCGCCUCUUGUGGUGAAUGCUAAGCUAGCUGGCAUCUUGUCUUGGGGCUUCGGCUGCGGGUAUCUUCACGACUUGCCACUCAUAUACACGAGCACUCAGCAUUAUACAAGUUGGAUUGCUCAGAAUGUUUUAAUAUUUCGGCGAUUAAACAAGGACGACUUUAAACCACUAUUUCAAGCGACAAAAUCAUAUGUGGUACUCGACUGGCUUUCGAGAACCAGGGUUUCAAUGCCGAUACCGCAUGAUCAUGCGAACAUUUUUAAAGAGUUUCAACUCGUAAAGCUGGACGAAGAACUAGCCAAGUUGCAAGGAAUUCCUUACGAUAUAAGAGACUUCAUGUAUGAUGCAGAACUUCAUGAUAAGAAAUUAUCAUUAUUUAAAGAUAUGAAAAAAGCCAUUAUGGAAAAUAUCACCAGGGUUGAAGCAAUAAAAAACAUUUCAAAAUUAGUUUUGACGCGUAUUAAACCACGCCCUUUUUUCAGCAAUAAGUCCUUGCUAGAUAUUACUGUUGCCUACGAAGAUUAUGAAAAUUCUGAUGAUGAUUAA